AUGGAGAUUGGACCUUAUCGGCGGCCGGGUGUGGGCGUGGUGAUGCUGGCCCCGCCUCGGGCGCCCCCCGACGCCAUGUGCCGACUGGUGACAAUCACUUUGUAUAGGAUGAUGUCCGAGGAAUUAACCUCCCCCUACUACCUCUCCCCUCUCGGCCCCGUCAUCCGACGUCACGUACCGACAUUUAAAACAAUGAACGCCUCAAUUUUUCACCGGCGCUGCGCGGCGGCCCCCGAAAUAUGGCGCGCUAAUCCGACGCACGGACUUAUUCUGGUCGAUCGGUUGUCUUUCUUGAUUGGUUAC